GGAAACUGGAGGAGCAUCUUCUCUCUCUGACGUCAUGACAGCAGCAUCAGCUGUUAGCCGUGCUUUAAGCCUUUUCGCUGCCGAUCGCUGCCUGCACAAAGGAAAUAUAUGAGAUCCCCUCUAAUCCCUGAAAUGGCGACACAGGAGGUACAGCUGAACGAGACUCUGGCCCACCUCAAAACGGAGUCGGAGACGCUGAAGUCGAAGCUGGAGGAGGAAAGAGCGAAGCUGCACGAUGUCGAGCUACAUCAGGUGGCAGAGAAGGUGGAGGGGCUGGGUCAGUUUGUCAUGAAGACCCGGAGGACUCUGAAGGGACAUGGCAACAAAGUUCUGUGCAUGGACUGGUGUAAGGACAAGAGGAGGAUCGUCAGCUCCUCACAGGAUGGAAAGGUGAUUGUGUGGGAUGCUUUCACUACCAACAAGGAGCAUGCUGUGACAAUGCCAUGCACCUGGGUGAUGGCCUGUGCCUACGCCCCCUCCGGCUGUGCUGUAGCUUGUGGGGGUCUGGACAACAAAUGCUCAGUGUAUCCUCUAUCUCUGGACAAGAACGAGAACUUAGCUGCCAAGAAGAAGUCGGUGGCAAUGCACACAAACUACCUGUCUGCUUGUAGCUUCACCAACUCAGACAUGCAGAUCCUGACGUCCAGCGGGGAUGGUACGUGCGCAUUAUGGGACGUCGAGAGUGGGCAGCUGUUGCAGAGUUUCCAUGGACAUGCAGCAGACGUGCUCUGUCUGGACCUGGCACCCUCCGAGACUGGAAACACGUUUGUGUCAGGGGGCUGUGAUAAGAAGGCCAAUGUGUGGGACAUGCGCUCAGGACAAUGUAUUCAGUCCUUUGAAACUCACGAAUCAGACAUAAAUAGUGUGCGAUAUUAUCCAAGUGGAGAUGCAUUUGCAUCUGGCUCAGAUGAUGCUACAUGCCGCCUGUAUGACUUAAGGGCAGACAGAGAAGUGGCUAUUUAUUCCAAAGAGAGCAUCAUAUUCGGGGUCUCCAGUGUUGAUUUCUCUCUCAGCGGACGACUACUGUUUGGAGGCUACAACGACUACACCAUAAACGUUUGGGACGUUCUCAAAGGAACACGGGUCUCUAUCUUGUUUGGACACGAGAACCGUGUCAGCACGCUGCGUGUUUCCCCAGAUGGGACGGCCUUCAGCACUGGUUCCUGGGACCACACUCUUCGGAUCUGGGCUUAAGGAUGAAGACAGAGAAAUAGUAGACAGAUUUACAGAAGACACACCGAUGUUUCUGUUUGCUAGAGUACAAUCACAGAGAUAGAGACUCAGUUUUUGGUUGUACAUAAUGCAUAUCAAUAGCAUUGUAUAUACUCCAGUCUUAUGGUCAGGGUAGAUUUACAUAUUUCAGAGAGAAAGUAAACCAAAUGGCACGCUUGUAUUACAAUAUGAUUGAAAGAAAAUUGCACAGAAGUACUUAUGGUUACAACUUAAGAUGUAAAAUGUAUAUUGUAGAAAAUACCAUUGGUAGUGACUAGCAUCAGUCUAGUUUAGAAGUGACACAAUAAAAUGGUGUAUUGUAUGUUCCCACAUAAAGGACAUUAAUUGUUUAUUUAUUUGUUUUUUUAGCACAAAAAUAAUUGAGGAAUGCAGUCUGUGGAAGAAAAUGGGAUGAAAGGGAAACAGUAAAGUUUAGUUAUGCCGCAGACUGAGAGAAGAGAGAAGGAAAGACGUAAAUGAGAUAUGUUUGAUAAUAUAAGAAUAUGAAGGAGAGGGGGGACGAUAUAAAUGCUAAAAAUAAUAUUGGAUAUAAUAUAAAGGAGAAUUUACAUAAAAUAUAAUAAACAAAAGUACAAAUUUUUGGUUUAUUAAAGAUAACAAUAGACAGGAAACCCUGUGCUCCCCUCCAUUCCUAACAGCAACUCACCUGCCAAUAUUAUACCAAUGUAAGGAAA